AUGUUCAACCCCGUCGGGCUCUUUAAAGAAAUCCCUUGUCCUGAAGCGUCGCGAUGCAACCUUCUAAAUUGCAUGUUCUCCCACAGCUACAAAGAAAGUACCUGUGUAAAAGGCCCCGAGGUGACAAAAGGGACGCGUUCUAUCGUUGACACGAAUAGUACAGUCGUGAAUGAAGAGCCAUUGCGCAAAAAGCGGCGCAUUAAUGCCCACCACAAUGCAAAAUCGCCUUCUACCGAAGCUGGGAGCCAUGAAGAGCAGCCAAACAACAAUGCAUCACAUAACCUUGUGCAAAAUGACCAUAAGAGAAGCCACCUAGCUGAAACGAAAGCUUCUCACUCAUUAAAACCCGUUCCCCAGGAAAAUUGCCAAAACGCCUCGAAGCGCAAAGUCGGUCUUCCAGCCGGUCCAGAGCAUCAGAAAAAGCCAACACUUGCUCCGGCUGUCACCCCGCCUCAUACAUUGCAAAUUAAGAGGGAGACAUUAAACCCUAGACAUUUAUCUAAACCACCUGCAGCGCAUUCGGUGCGUGUCUCCAUUCUUUCGAAAUUACAUGAGGCCAUGGUGCUCUUAAAUAAUCAGCUUCGUGCGCUGAAGGACCAAUCUAAAAUGGCUCUUGUUCUAUCUGACGAUGAGCUUGUGUCCCGGGCCUUAGACGAAGAGGAAAAGGCCGCCAAAGAGUCAUCUUCAAUAUACUCCAAUAUUAUCAAGCUUCGAAUUGUGAAGCUUAGAAAAAUGACCUUGGCCGAAUGGGAAGAAGAUAUUCUACUUUAUCUUCGGGCCAAAGUCUCACGACCGACAAUUGUGUCACCCAAAGACCUGCCUAUAUUAACAGGUUUAGAUACUCAGGGAGAAAUAGCAAUACUUUCCAGAUUCAUCGCAUCUUUGGAAACCCAGGCCAAGGCCGGUUAUGUGAUCGAGCCUCCUUCAAAUGAAGAUAUUAAGAAAGCAGCAAGUGGAAGUUUGACUUCUCAAGGCUGGGAACAAUGUGAUCGCUGCAAUGGACGAUUCCAAGUUUUCCCAGGUCGGCGAGAGGACGGCCUACUAGCAUCGGGCGGCCAAUGCACAUACCAUCAUGCGAGGCUUAUCCGUCCACCCAAAAAAAAAACAGACCACAUAGUCGGUCAGACAGAAGCAUAUUUUCCAUGCUGUAAUGAAACGGUUGGAACCUCUCCUGGAUGCACCAAGGCUGAGUCCCAUGUCUUCAAGGUAACGGAAGUUAAAAGACUGGCUGCAGUUUUGCAAUUCGAGAAAACACCCAGACAGCCUGGCAAGUCUUCUCUGCCGCCUGUAUGUUUUGACUGUGAAAUGGGAUAUACAACUUUAGGGCUGGAGCUCAUUCGGUUGACGGCCGUCACAUGGCCAGAGGGGAAAAGGGUACUUGACAUUCUCGUCAGGCCAAUGGGUGAAAUCUUAGAUCUUAACUCCCGCUAUUCCGGUGUACGCCCGGAGCAUUAUGCCAAUGCUCUGCCUUAUCGGGCUGGCCAGAGCUUUGUGCAAACUAACGAUGGGCUUGAUGGCCUUGUGCUGCCAAUUGUCGAAUCGCCAGCUGCUGCUCGUAGUCUAUUAUUUAGCCACCUACAGCCCGAGACACCGGUAAUAGGCCACGCCAUCGAUAAUGAUCUAAAUGCUUGUCGAAUCAUACACCCAACCAUUGUCGACACGGUACUACUCUAUCCACACCCAGGGGGUCUGCCGUUUCGUCAUGGACUACGUGCAUUGGCGAAAAAAUAUUUGGAUAGGCAUAUCCAAACGGGUGGAGGGAACCUUGGCCACGACUCGAUGGAAGAUGCUAAAGCUACAGGUGACCUGGUGAGAGUGAAAGUGCGAGAGACCUGGGUGAGACUCAAGUCACUCGGCUGGAAAAUUAGAGAUGGAGCAUUAGUCAAGCCUGAACAAGGCAAACCCUCUAGUAAACCUGCUACAGUGGGGGUGGCAGCACCAGAAAUUGGUGCAGGAGCGAAAAGAACGGCCCCAGAUGACGCGACAGAGCGUUGA